UGUGCAUUGGUACUGCAAAUCCCUUUCUGUGUUAUGUAUUUCAUACACUGAGAACACUUCAGUGCAGGAAAUGCUGUAAAAGGUUACAGAAGGGAACUGCUUGCUCACAUAUCUGAGUGUGUAAACAUAUGCUGGGAAGCCACAACUGGCUAAAGCUUUCCAAACUGGAAUGUGGACACAGGAAUGGGAUAAAGGAAAGGAAAACUCAUGUCUGAAUCCACUAUCAAUUUUUCUUUAAUUUUUUAAUUGUAAAUGGCAUGUACCAUUAGUUAAGAACAGUUUCUGUCUGGUGGUGUACUUCUGUUUUGAGUAAGCUCAGUGCCUUACUUGCUAGGCAAAUCCCAUGAGUAGAAUUUGCAGUGCAAAGCAAACAACUGAAUUCAGACCGUAGAUUUAUGGUAAGCAGUAAAAUGCAGUGCUUACUAAUCAGCUUGGAAAGUAGGCAAAAAUCCCAGCCCCUGGAAUCACAUAGCUGUUGGUAAGAGGUGCAUUUUAAGGUGCCAAAUAGUAAAACUUCAUCCUAGCAUAACUCAUCCUAAUCUUCCAAUUUCAGUAUUUCCCAGGACAAUAGGGGUGCUAAUUCUAAAAGCCAGUGACUAUGCCAGCCUUUUUGCUGUCCAAAGGCAGCAGCUCAGCCUUAAUGUAAUACAGUUUUUUCUAUCUUCUUGGAAGAAAUGGAGGCUGAGCUGAGGACAGUUUUCAGCAGUGGCACUAUAGUAACUGUAUGAUAGGUUUGGAGGUAGGAUGGCCAGAACCAGUGCAUAAUUUCUCAAAAGAGAAUCUCAUCAACUUAACCCUUUCUAUUUGCUAUGUUCAAACUGAAACCAGACUCUGGGCUAAUGUCUGCCAGGACUUACACAAUGCUUUUAAGUGCUGAGAAAGACUGGGAAGCCUUUUAUAUAGUUCUCUGUCAAGCUUCCUUUGGGUUUUUUCUGUGAAAGCCCCAUUUAUUUGCCUGCUGCUGCUGCUUCCUCUUCUGCAUUUAUUUAUAUAUCCCUAUUGGGUUCAGCAACUUUUCAUUCAUUGCUGUGACCUGAGUGAGAGCUAUGAUGCUUGCAUGCAUGCUUCCCUUAUUAUGGGGCUUGAUGGAACUUCUGGCCAUUACUUUGGACGAUCAAGGUGGCUGUGGCCCUCCACCUAGGUUAAACUUUGCUGAGCUAACCGACGAGUAUAAGCAAAAGAAUUUAUUUCCUGUUGGCUCGAUUGUGAAAUAUAUGUGCCGUCCAGGCUAUACUGGACUGAGGUACUCUAUUAAGUGCCUUCAAAGCCAGGAGUGGUCCAAAGUUCUGGAGCGCUGUAAACGACAAUCUUGUGGAAAUCCAGGGGAACCAGAUAAUGGGAAGUUGAUUGUGCCCCAAGAUAUUUUAUUCGGUUCCACUGUAAAUUACACCUGCAAUGAAGGGCACAGGUUAAUUGGUAGUACUUCCAGCAGAAAGUGUGUCGUAUUUGGCCGAAAAGUAGGGUGGACUAAUGAUAUUCCUCUUUGUCAGCGUAUUCCAUGCUUUCCACCACCAGAUGUUCCCCAUGGCAAGCACAGUGGCAGGUCCAUGAAUGACUUCUCCUAUGGGACAGCUGUAUCAUACACCUGUGACAAAGGCCACCCCCUUGUGGGAAAUGCCACUAUUUACUGCACUACUAAGGAUGGAUUAAAUGGAAUUUGGAGUGGCCGUGCAUAUUGUGGAGUGGCUCACUGUCCAGCUCCUCAAAUUGAAAAUGGAAGAAUAGUAACUGGUUAUUCCGUCACCUACACUUAUAACCAAAGGGUGACAUUAGACUGCAAUGCUGGCCACAAAAUAGUUGGCUCGAGAGAGAUCCAUUGCCAAGUGGAUGGCACAUGGGACCCUCCACUACCUCACUGUGAACAGGUCACUGGUUGUGAAAAUCCAGAAAUCCAGAAUGGAAGAAUAACAAGAUCUAGAGGGCAAGUUAAACCCAAAGAGACAAUUACAUUUGAAUGUGACCCUGGCUAUAUCCUGAAAGGCAACCAUACAAUUCAAUGCCAAUUUGACAGCAUGUGGGAUUCUCCUGUGCCCAUUUGUGUUAGGGUAAUUCAAUGCCAGCCACCCCCACAUGUUCAAAAUGGGAUGUACAACCAGGAAGCAGCAGUGUUUACUAAUGGAAUGUCUGUGAAAUACACAUGUGAGCCUGGCUAUGGACUAAUUGGAGAGGGGACUAUUUACUGCACAGCAUCUGGGACAUGGUCUUCCCCUGCCCCUCGCUGUGAAGAAGGUAGCUGUGCACCCCCACCCAGUUUACAAUUUGCUGAACUUCUCAAUGAGUAUAAAGAAAAUAAUUCCUUUCCUGUUGGCUCAGUUGUGAAAUACAUGUGCCGUCCAGGCUAUGCUAAGCAUCCCGGAUUGAAGGCCUCUCUUAUGUGCAUUAGAAAUCAGGAAUGGUCAGGAGUUCAGGAGUUCUGCAAAAGAAAAUCAUGUGGGUAUCCAGGAGAACCAGAUAAUGGGAGGCUGAUUGUAACAAAAGAUCUUUUAUUUGGUUCUACUAUAAAUUACACCUGCGAGGAAGGGUACAGGCUAGUUGGUCUAUCUUCCAGACAGUGUGUGAUAUCUGGCCUAAAAGCAGUAUGGACUGGUGAAACUGCUAUUUGUCAGCCUAUUUCGUGUUCUCCACCACCAGAUGUUCCCCAUGGCAAGCACAGUGGCAUAGAUGACUACUUCUAUGGGACAGCUGUAUCAUACACCUGUGAAAAAAGCCACCCCCUUGUCGGAAAUGCCACUAUUUACUGUACUACCAAGGAUGGAGUAAAUGGUGUUUGGAGUGGCCGUGCAUAUUGUGGAGUGACUCGGUGUCCAGCCCCUCAAGUAAGGAAUGGAAGGAUAGUAACUGGUUAUUCAGACACCUACACGUAUAACCAAAGGGUGACUUUAGACUGCAAUGCUGGCUACAAAAUAUCUGGAACAAGAGAGAUUCAUUGCCAAGUAGAUGGUACAUGGGACCCUCCUCUACCUCACUGUGAACUGGUAUCACAGUGCCCCUUGCCUCUGGAUAUACCCAAUGGAAAUCACAAUGGUUUUCCUGGGGAAGUGUUUACUUCUCAGAAGUCUGUAACUUAUUCCUGUGAUCCUGGUUACUCACUUGUUGGAAAGGCAUCUAUUUCCUGCACAGCUUCUGGAGAGUGGAGCAGUCCUCUGCCACGUUGUGAAAGGCAGUGCCCCCCACCUCAAGUGGUCGCUCACGGGAAAUACAGCAGUCAGGAAGCAAAAGGUUUUACUAAUGGGGGGUUUGUAGAAUACACUUGCGAUCCUGGAUACAGCAUUAUAGGAGAUGCCAGAAUUUUUUGUACAGCAUCUGGGUCUUGGAACUCCUCAGCGCCCAACUGCAAAGUCACUGGCUGUGUAAGUCCAAAAAUUCAGAAUGGAAGAAUAACAAGAUCUAAAGGGCAAGUUAAGCCCACAGAGACAAUUACAUUUGAAUGUGACCCUGGCUAUAUCCUGAAAGGCAACCAUACAAUUCAGUGCCAGUUUGACAGCACAUGGGAUUCUCCCACACCCAUCUGUGUAAGGGAAACUCGGUGCCAGCCACCUGCAAAGAUUGAAAAUGGGAAUCACAGCCACCAUGAAUUAUCAGUGUUUACCAGUGGAAUGUCUGUGAAUUACACAUGUGAGCCUGGCUACUUUCUUACUGGAAGGGCAAAUGUUCACUGUACAGCAUCUGGUACAUGGUCUUCCUCUGCUCCUCAGUGCAAAAAAUUGCAGUGUCCCCCUCCUCUGCCUAUUCCAAAUGGUGAUCACAAUGGCCACGGAGAAGCUCAUUUUGCUACAGGAAGAUACGUCAAUUACACCUGUGACCGUGGCUACCUGUUACGUGGCAAGGCUUCCAGUCAGUGUACAGCCUCUGGAGCUUGGAGUCAACCUUUACCCCAGUGUGAAGUAAUGCAUUGUCCACCGCCACCAAGCAUUGCGCAUGGAAAGAAUAUAGGAGAAGACCUCACCUAUGGGAGUUCUGUAAUAUACAUUUGUGAUGCCGGUUAUUCCCUCGAAGGAGAGUAUCUGGUUACCUGUAUUUUAGAAGGCUCCAACUCUGUGAACUGGACUAAACUUCCAAAAUGCAAAGGGUGCCCUGCACCUCAAGUGAUUGCCAAUGGGGAACGUGACUCUGAAAGUCUGGAAGAUUUUCCUUAUGGCUCCUCUGUGACGUAUCGUUGUGACCCUGACUACUUUCUUACUGGAGCUGCGACAAUACACUGUCUGUCUUCUGGAACAUGGGAUCAGUCUGUUCCUCACUGUAAAAGCAGACAACAUUCCACUUCUAUUCCUCUGUCCGAGAUUCAGUGCCAGCAACCCACAAAAAUCCAAAAUGGGGAUCACAGCCACCAGGAAUUGUCAGUGUUUACCAGUGGAAUGUCUGUGAAUUACACAUGUGAGCCUGGCUACUCUCUACGUGGAGAGGCAACAAUUUAUUGCACCCCAUCUGGCAAAUGGUCUGCCCCUGCUCCUCACUGCAAAAAAAUUCAAUGCCGGCCACCCCCAAGUAUCCAAAAUGGGAUUCACAGCAAUGAGGGAUCAUCAGUGUUCACCAAUGGAAUGUUUGUGAAAUACACCUGUGAGCCUGGCUACUCACUUACUGGAGAGGGAACUAUUUAUUGCACAACCUCUGGCACAUGGAGUGCUCCUGCCCCGCAUUGUGAAGAAUUGCAGUGUCCCCCUCCUCUGCCUAUUCCAAAUGGUGAUCACAAUGGCCACGGAGAAGCUCAUUUUGCUACAGGAAGAUACGUCAAUUACACCUGUGACCGUGGCUACCUGUUACGUGGCAAGGCUUCCAGUCAGUGUACAGCCUCUGGAGCUUGGAGUCAACCUUUACCCCAGUGUGAAGUAAUGCAUUGUCCACCGCCACCAAGCAUUGCGCAUGGAAAGAAUAUAGGAGAAGACCUCACCUAUGGGAGUUCUGUAAUAUACAUUUGUGAUGCCGGUUAUUCCCUCGAAGGAGAGUAUCUGGUUACCUGUAUUUUAGAAGGCUCCAGCUCUGUGAACUGGACUAAACUUCCAAAAUGCAAAGGGUGCCCUGCACCUCAAGUGAUUGCCAAUGGGGAACGUGACUCUGAAAGUCUGGAAGAUUUUCCUUAUGGCUCCUCUGUGACGUAUCGUUGUGACCCUGACUACUUUCUUACUGGAGCUGCGACAAUACACUGUCUGUCUUCUGGAACAUGGGAUCAGUCUGUUCCUCACUGUAAAAGCAGACAACAUUCCACUUCUAUUCCUCUGUCCGAGAUUCAGUGCCAGCAACCCACAAAAAUCCAAAAUGGGGAUCACAGCCACCAGGAAUUGUCAGUGUUUACCAGUGGAAUGUCUGUGAAUUACACAUGUGAGCCUGGCUACUCUCUACGUGGAGAGGCAACAAUUUAUUGCACCCCAUCUGGCAAAUGGUCUGCCCCUGCUCCUCACUGCAAAAUGAUACAGUGCCCCUCGCCUCCAAAUGUCCAGCAUGGAAAUUACAGUGCACCAGAAUCAAUACAAUAUACCAAUGGAAAAUCUGUAAAUUUCAGCUGUCAACCUGGUUAUGUACUAAUAGGGGAGGCAACACUGAAUUGCACAGCAUCUGGUGUGUGGAGUCUUCCUGUCCCACACUGUGAAGCAGUAGGCUGCAUCCUCCCACAGAUUUCUGGUGGCAAGAAGGAGAACUCAGAAAUUGUGAUUCAGAUUGGAGCUAAUGUGACUCUGGAAUGCGAGGAUGGUUAUGUCUUGAAAGGCAGUUCUCGUGUUCAGUGUCAGCCUGAUUUCACAUGGGAUCCUCCUGUGCCAGUUUGUAACCAAGGUUUUUAUAUCUCCGUAGCCACAGGCAUUGGCUCUCUGGUUGGCGCCUUGCUGCUUUUGGUUAUUGCUGGUGUUUUCUGUGUAAUUGUAAUUGUUUUGAAGCGGAACAAAGCUAAAUAUACUCCUGCAAGCAACAGAAUAUAUGAAAGUCCAGACCUUCAAGUAGCAUGAUCCAACUCUGAAAAAGGCUUCGUUAUUGCAGUAAUAGGUGAAAGUAACUGGAUGAACAGAUGCCAACAAAUAUACCUGCUUCUUUGGACCACUUGACACAAUCACUGCUUGGAAAGUGAAAACAAGUAUUUUGCUACAUGCAGAAGAGGAACACAUUCAUGUUUCAGUUUUUGCACUGCCCCUUUCAGAUAGAAAUAAUCACUGUGGUUUUGAUAUGCUAACUUUUUUUGUAUUUUCAAAAUAUAUAAUAUAAUA